AUGUCUCUGGCCGCGGAGCAUCUCUCUGGGAAGAUUAUUCCUGCCCAGCUGAACUUCUUGGCCAUCUACAACCCUUCCCUAGGUACUACCGACGACACUCUCGCCGACCAGAUUGUAUACUACUAUUCAGCCAAAUCCCCGGAACGGAGUAGGCGGCGACAGAGUUCUCGCUCACGGAUUGAAGAGAGCAAUGCGCAGCUUAGGGAAAUAGGGCUUGCCCAGGGCAUGGUUGAAUUUGGCAAAAGCUUUUCAAAUGGCAGAUCCGUGGACACUAUUGAGACUGAGAAGUCUCGUAUUGUCCUCCACGAAUUGGAACCUGGCUGGUGGAUAUUAGCUUCCAUCAGCUUAACUGUGCUUCCAGGCAAAGCAAAGGAGCCAACGACGAAAGGCAAAGGCCCCGAACAAUACGGCCCUCCAGAAUACUCUUCUCGCGAAGUAAAGCCUGCAAUAUUGCUACUUGGGGAUCUCCUUCGAGCACACUCGACUUUCCUCCUCCACCACGCUUCUUCGAUGAGUGCGCAUUUUGUCCGAACAAAAAGAUCCAAAUUCAUUGGCAUACUCGGCCGUUAUUGGGACACAUUUUUGACGACAUGGAAUGUUCUUUUGCAUGGCAAUCCUGCAAAUAGUUUGUACGGCGGCAUCAAAAUCGCGGCCUGCGGAGAGCUUGGAGUCGGCGUAGGCGAGGAAGAACGAGGCAGCGGGGAACGUGAGGUUCUCGAGGGGUUUGUCGGCAGGGUAGAUGGGCUUGUAGAUAUUAUAGUCUCCAGAUUUGGGGUUGCCGAUGAAGAAAAGGUGGCACAGACUGAAACUAAGAAGAAAGAUGCAGCUCAACAUCCUACAAACCCCUGGCUUGGUUCCGGCAAUGAUCCUGCUGCUGAAGAUGGUGCUAUCUUUCUUGGUACUGGAGCAUUGUCGAGGAAGUCACUACGAGACGUUUCUCACUGGAUGGAGGAUCUCUAUAGAUGGGGUCCUUAUGCAUACGGCGUCGUGGACAACCCGACUUCGAUUCGCCGCGUUAAGAUGCGUGCACCAAGCCGUAAAGAGUCCGCCAAAGAGGACGAAAUGGCAAUAAUUCCACCGAGGCCUAUCGUCGACGUCGAGCAAUCUCAUAAUAAGUCGAAGCGUAAGCUGCUUCGGCCGCAACCACAUCGUGGAGCUUCUAGUCAUAACGACACUGAUAGCGAAUCGUCCAAGAGUGCGUUUGUUCAUUACCUGAAGCUGGGCUACGGCACUCAUUGGAGCUUUGGUGGGACUAUUUCAAAAGGUGGAGGUUUACCUGAGAGUCCUGGAUCUCAGACUGAGACUCAGACCGACCGAAGUCCAGGUAAAGCUAUAGAUUCCACUCUCAACCAACGGACGAGGAAAGCUUCACCCGCAGGCCAGCUUACCAUAUCAGAUGCGUCCCCUUCCAAGAGUGACCCCCUUGGCCAUUAUCUCAUUGGGCUUCUGGGCGCAAUCGAGGACGAGCAUGAUGACAAAGAAGAGUCCACCGAAGAUUGCCCUAUAGAUUCUUCGGAAGAAGAGAAUUCACGAUUGGUGCUACGGACUCUGACCCUAGAAUCAGAGAGGGAAGAAGAUGCCCGUACUAAUGGGGAGAUCAGUAUUGACCUGGGGAACACUGAUAACGAGACCAUGUCAUCUAAGCAUACAAGCUCAGAGCAUACUGCCACAUCAAACACAUCUUUUGAAACCCAGGACCGAAACAAGACGAAAAAAUUACGUGUCGUCGUCUAUGUUCACAAGCCGUUCAUUUUCGUCCUCUUGUUCGAGCUAAGAGCAGAUGCUCUCGCUUUCCCCGGCCUUUACCGUUCCUUGCACUAUCAACUUGGACCUCUGAUAAAGCCGUUGCUCAAUUCAACAACCUUUCGACCUUCUAAGCCGAGUAUGGCUGCGACAGCUACCAGCGAUAAUGCUGAUGCGCCAAUCUAUGACCUUGUGUGGGAUCCGAGGCGGUUGACCAUCAACUCGACUAUUCCAAACAUACCAGAUCCGUUCCACGUGCAGUCUGCGUCUCUUGUUUCACCACCAUGGUCUCGUAUCGAAGCUCUAAACACACAUAUGCAGAUUUUGAAUACCUAUACCUCUACCAAUUGGGAACGAAUCGAAAUGGAGCGAACCUGCAAGACUAGUCGGGGCUGGUGGGUGGUAUGGACUAGGAUACCUGAACCACCACAAGAACAUCCGCGUACUUCUGGUCCAGUCAAGGUUCCUGGGAUCAUUACGGAAGACAGUACUGGGGCUAGCACAUAUCUGGAUACAGGAGCUAACAAGUCUCUUGGUACAAGCACAUUUGCUGGUUCCAGCCUUGUCUCGGGUCCAGCUCAUCCGUUUUUGAAUAUAGCCUCCAGCUCACAGGAGAACUUACCGAAAGACAGAGAGAUAUUCUUGAUCCGCAGGGCAAGUGAUCAUCCUUCCCAGUCAGCCAAAAGGUUUGUCAGCGGUCCCUCAACCACUGGGGAGUCAGGCUGGGGUUCCGGCCCAGCUAAACUAGCACAAGGGAUUGGAGUUGAUACAAAAAGCUACAUUGAAGGGUUGUUGAACCUUAACCGAUGA